AUCACAUGAACAUAAAGAAGGCAUGGUAGUAAAGUCCUAUUUCGUCUUAGUAUGUGUGUAUUUCAGCGUUCAACUUGUAUUUGCUGUAUCCGGCUCUAUUCUACAACAGCAAUUUGUUAAAACUUAUAUUCGACCAACAUCGUCUUGUGUUGAGGUCGCUAAUCGAACUCCAAGCUUUGUCCAUUGCUCGGCGAGUUGUCUAAAGAAUCAUAAGGAUAAUGUUGUCUUCAGCCGUCAUGCUGUCUCCACUAGGUGUGUUUGCUGUAGACCUCUGCUAACAGGGCUGCAUUAUUUCGAUACGGAGUGGAUCACCUAUAAACAGGGUGGAGCCAAUAUUGUGUAUUGCCCCACAGGAUACAUUGGUGUCAAUUCAUCAACAGUCAGGACUUGUCUUAGGUUAGAGUUGAUGACAAAACAAUACGAUGAGGCCGCCACAAGCUGCCAAUCAGAUGGUGGGGAUUUAAUUCGAAUUGAUUCUGCCGAGAAAUAUGCCAUCUUUCAGCAGUUUAUUACCAAUUAUGUCCCACCUGCUGUUGCUGAAAUCUGGAUUCAAGGCUUCAGGGACUCGAAUGAGAUUUGGCGAUUCCAUGAUGGCACAGUUAUGCAAGAACACUGUCCGUUGGAAACAAUAAAUUAUCCAGGUCAAAUUCGAAUUCGAUUCACGAUCGCGCAGAACCGUUGUUACGAUCAUGAACCUACAUUUUUCUAUAACUCUGUUUGUGAGAUUUAAAUUGAGUGAAGUGACAGACAAUCAUUAACUUUAUACUAGUAGAUGCGCUUAGAAAUGAUGUGUGUCUUCUAUGAUUUAAAUUAUGCCUUAAUUAUUAGACCCAUGUGGUUUAUACGUAAUUAUAAAAUAAAAUUCUUUGGAUCAAUAUCCUUCCCGGGAAUAGAUGUAAAAGACUGGCCUCAAGUAAUAUUUUAAAAGCCUACAUGUCAAUACAUUAAAUCCAUGUGAUACAUGCGUAAUUCAAAAAGGAAGCCUUAGAUCAUUACCCCUUUCCAGGAACAAAUUGCAAAGAGUGGCUUUAAAUCAUAUUUCAGAGUCAUACAUGUCAAUGUAUUUAAUGAACAAGUGUAGUUAAUUUUCUUCUUUUAAAAUAAUAACUAUUUUAUUACGAUAGUUUUGAAAAGUAUUGUUCUUUUUCAUUUCUUGCUUUCAGUUUAUUUAAAUUAACGUGCAUAUUUUAAGGAAAAAAAGGAAAGAGAGAAUGAAAUCCGCUCUCAUAUUUAAAGUUACUUGUAAAACAAUUAUCGUUAAUAUCAAAAAAUUGUCGGUUAUGAAUUUAUAUCAUUUUUUUAAAUGCAUAUAAAAGUAAAAAUUAAAGUAUUUUAUAUUAAUUCGAAUUUAUUUUUUUUAACGGGCCGGUCAACAAACGCCAAAAUUUGAAAUAUUCAUUUGCACGUGAUGUAACAAGCUUAUUUUAGAACGUACACAAGAGGUCGAUGCGGAAACGUGGUCGGACCAGUGGCAGUGGAAUAAUGCGUUCAAAGAGAAAAGAAAGAAAGAAACAGGCUGACAGAAAACAUUGUAAAUUAAGAAUUUAUAUUGAAGACCACUUUGAGCGGUGGACACGUGUUAGAAACGUCGUGUUUUAGCAUAAGCUUGUCGGUUUCUUGCUAUAGACAGAUGGUUCACGCAGCUGUGUUUUUCUUUGUUUAAAACAAUAUUUACUCCGUAAGGAAAAGAAGCGUAUGUGUAUGGUACGAUAUUCGUUGUCUAAAUAUGAUAAAACUUGUAUAGCUAUCACUCGAAUACUUAAAAUAUAUAAACUGUAAAUGUUUUGAGUCGAGGGACCCAAGACAGGAUAAUUUUGACGUUUUAUUAUGAUAAUAAAACACCCCUGCGAAUGUUAUUGUCAUUAAAAUUUUAGACCACGUGGUUUUAUUUGACCCUUUUUAGUUUCGCAGUAAAAAUCAUGCCUCGUGUUUAUAGUCUAUUUCAUAGAAUUUAGAUAUUUGUAAUCAAAUAUGAAAUCUAGAUGUUUAUUGAUUUUAAACUUUAUCUUCAUUAUUUG